ACCAAUCCAACGACGUCGUUUAGGUCGGGAAUGUGGGAUAUUUAAAAAUAAUAAGCUAUAUAAAACACAGACAUACUCUCUGUGAUAGCCUGUGUCCUCUGCCUCCUCCUUCUUCCUCUGGUUUCAUUUGCUUUUCUUGGGUUCUGUUGGUUAAGCUUUUCAUGCUGCGCUGGUUUGGCUUUGGCGUGCUCUGUUAAAACCCGAACCAAAGGGAAUUUCGUUUCGCCCUCUUUUAAUCUUUCUCGAAGACCCCCAACCCAUUUCCAGAGUGACUGUGUGAGCAUGAGUUUCUUUGUUGGUGAAUUCUGAUUGGAGCAACAAAAGACACCUGAAUUGUUCGUUAUGGAUUCGACUCGGUCCGAAAUGCAAGAGCCGAGUAUUGAUACGGAUAAGCUGAGCUACGAGAUAUUCUCGAUUCUGGAGAGUAAGUUUUUGUUUGGAUAUGACGAUCAGAAGCUGUGGGUGCCGAAGCAGAUCUCUCCGCCGGCGACGGAGCCGAAAGCCGACGCCCAGCCCGACCAGAAUGCCGUUAUCAAGAACCAGAGAGGCAAAAUCUGCAUACUCAGCCUCGACGGCGGAGGCAUGCGCGGGAUUCUCUCCGGCAAGACCCUGGCCUAUCUCGAGAACGCGCUCAAGCUCAAAUCGGGGAACCCCGACGCCAGAAUCGCCGAUUACUUCGACGUCUCCGCCGGCGCCGGCGUCGGGGGCAUUUUCACCGCCAUGCUCUUCGCCACCAGGGACCAGAGCCGGCCGAUAUUCAAGGCCGACGACACGUGGCGGUUCCUCGUUGAUCAGGGGAAGAGGUUUUACAACAACAACCGCUCGUCCUCCUCCUCCUCCUCCUCCGGCGGGUUCCUGCGGUGGUUCAUUCGCGGCCGGUCGGGUUCCGGCUCCGGCUCCGGCUCGACCACGUCGGCCACGGCCGGGCUGGAGAAGGCGAUGAGAGAGGCCUUCGCCGACAACAGCCGGAGCCUGACGCUGAGGGACACAUUGAAGCCGGUUCUGAUACCCUGCUACGACCUCUCCAGUACGGCGCCGUUUCUGUUCUCCCGGGCCGACGCGCUCGAGACCGAGAGCUACGACUUCCGCCUCUGGGAGGUCUGCCGCGCCACGUCAGCCGAGCCGGGGCUUUUCGAGCCGGUCCAAAUGCGGUCCGUGAACAGCCAGACCAGUUGCCUGGCCGUGGACGGCGGCCUGGCCAUGAGCAACCCGACCGCCGCGGCCAUCACGCACGUGCUGCACAACAAGCAGGAGUUCCCGUUCGUGCGAGGCGUCGAGGACCUUUUGGUCCUUUCCAUCGGGAGCGGGCAGUUUCUAGAAGCGAGCCACGAGUACGAGCAGGUCAAGAGGUGGAAGGCCAAGGAGUGGGCCCGCCCCAUGGCCCGCAUCUCCGGCGACGGCUCCGCUGACCUCGUUGACCAGUCCGUGGCCAUGGCCUUCGGUCAGUCCGGCAGCACCAACUACGUCCGCAUCCAGACACUGUUGGCCAGGCUGUUAGUCCCUGUAGGAUGUUGAUACAUGUAAAAUGUGUAGAUACAACACGUAUGCGCGAGGCUAACGUGCGCGGGGGUUUUGGGUUCAUGCAAUUGAAUGGUGGCGUUCCGUAACGUAACGUUGGUGGCCUCGUUGGGACUUGGGAGGGCAUUGCCAGAAUUGGAGGAGAAACCAACACCGAACCAAAAUUUUUGGGAGGCUGUUCUUUCGUUUCGUGUUUCAAUUUUGUUUUACCGAUUUAAAUUUUUGGGACCAAAGAAUGGAUUUUUUCUUUAUUUCUGGUUGGUCCGGCGUAGGUUAACUGAUUAAGACUUUGUGUCCUCUAGACCAACUAGGCCUAAAGGCUAAAGUUGACGGGUUGUCUCAGAAAUCGUUUUCUCAGUAAAUGGGGUUUUGAGGCUCUUAACUUUUUUUUUUUUUUUUUGCUUGGUUUUGCAAUUUUGGUCCCACUGCAUAGCUAAUAUAUCUUCCUGAUAUUUAUGAUUUUUUCUCUGUUUUUGUUGGCUUUAAUGCGUUUGAGUUUGCUUCUUGGGGCAGUCUCUGUUGUUAUAUUACCUCAUUUCAUUUUUCUGGGAUCUCUGACCGACCCUGUUUUCUGGCAUUUAAGUAUGAGAUUGUGGUUCAAUGUGCUUCAUCUUAUUAAGUACUGUCAGCACCACCUCUUGGGGUCUCUGGUUUGAUUUUCCUGUUGAACUGCAUGUCUCUGGGUCUUGAAUCUUGUUUAAUAUCUGCAGAAAAAAUGUUGGUGAAAGUGGAUACUAAUCAAAUAUAUUUUCCUGGAUAGAGUUACUGUCACUGACCCAGAACUUUUUUUGUCAUAUUCUGUUCUCUUUUUUGUGGUAUUGUUUUAUCAAAGAGGUGGUCCUAAGUUAGAGCUGCCACCCAUUUGAUAUUUUAACUGUCAGGUUCAUUUUUUUAAGUAGGCAUUACAUGCGAUCAAAUUGGAUGCUUCUCCAAAUUUGUGCAUUGCUUGGUUUUAACUUAAGGUGUCUGGUGCAGACUUGCUGUUAAUUCUUGUGUAUUUUAUGUAAUAUCUAAAUCUACACCAACAAUGGAACUUAAUUAGUAGGUGUGCACGUGUAGGUUCUGGAUCAAUUAACUAUUCGGAAAUUAGUUUAAAGCAGCUAGUAAUGGGAUGGUUUAUGUCUAAUUUAAGC